UCUUAUGAAUACAGGUGGGGAAAAGAUAGAACACCUCUCGCCCAGGCUUCGACCAUUUUCAGCGUUUAGUGGUUACAACCCUGAUCUGAUUUUCUUCUCGCUUUUGCAAAGUUUAACAGGAAACCGGAGUAAAGCGAUGUGGAAAUCAGCGGCCGGUCAUUCUCUCUCCGUUAGUGUUGACGACGGAACCGACGACUGGGAGACAGAUCCUGAUUUUGAGAAUGAUGUGAGUGAGAAAGAGCAGCGAUGGGGAGCAAAGACAGUGGAGGGGUCCGGACAUCAGGAGCACAUCAACAUCCACAAGCUGCGUGAAAAGGUGUCAUGUGAGCACAGUGAUCUGAAGCAGCGUGAGCUGGAGACCAUGCCCAAAGCCUCGCAUGGUUAUGGGGGCAGGUUUGGUGUUCAGGAGGACCGAAUGGACAAGUCGGCUGUGGGUCACGAGUAUCAGAGUAAACUGUCGAAGCAUUGCUCCCAGACAGACACAGCAAAAGGCUUUGGGGGUAAAUUCGGAGUUCAGAGCGACCGCGUGGACCAGUCUGCUGUAGGGUUUGAGUAUGCUGGGAAAACGGAGAAACAUGCCUCACAGAAAGAUUACACCACUGGUUUUGGGGGUCGGUAUGGUGUUCAGACUGAUCGCGUGGACGACAGUGCUGUAGGCUUUGAUUAUCAGGGAAAAACCGAGAAACACGAAUCCCAGAAAGAUUAUGCCAAAGGAUUCGGUGGAAAAUUUGGAGUGGAAACUGAUAAAGUGGACAAAAGUGCAGUGGGCUUUGAGUAUCAGGGCAAAACGGAGAAGCACGAGUCACAGAAAGAUUAUGUGAAAGGUUUCGGGGGAAAGUUCGGCGUGCAGACGGACCGCGUUGAUAAAUCCGCCCUCGGCUGGGACCAUCAGGAGAAACUGCAGCUUCAUGAGUCUCAGAAAGAUUAUAAGCGUGGGUUUGGAGGGAAAUUCGGGGUGGAGGUUGAGAAGCAGGAUCAGUGCGCGCUUGGCUUUGACCACAAAGAGAGUCUGGCUAAGCACGAGUCUCAAAAAGAUUACUCCAAAGGGUUUGGAGGAAAAUAUGGAGUGCAGAAGGAUCGGAUGGACAAGAGUGCAGGGACAUUUGACGAGGUUGAGAAACCCUCUACUGCUUACCAGAGGACCAAACCAGUGGAAGCAGCUGGCAGAGCAACAGGAAGCAUUAAGGCUCGUUUCGAGAAUCUGGCCAAGCAGAACGAGGAAGAGGACAGGAAACGGGCACAGGAGGAGCGAGCCAGGCGAGAAGCCAAGGAGAAGCAGGAGCAAGAGCAAGCACGCAGAAAGGCAGAGGAAAAUGCCAAAACUAAAGAUCCCUCCCCACAGCCCAGCCCUAGCCCCAGCCCCACCCCCAGCCCCACCUCCACCACCCAGACCUACCAGUAUCAGACUCAUGAUACACACAGGAAGACGCCUGAGCCCGAGGAGCACGUGUACGAGGUAGAGCCGCACACAGAGCAGGAGGACAUCUAUCAGAACGCAGAUCAAGACGAACAGUACCAGAUUGAAGACACUCAGUCUUAUAAAUAUGGUGGGGACCUGGGACUGACUGCUGUGGCUCUGUAUGAUUAUCAAGCUGCCGGUGAUGACGAGAUCUCCUUCGACCCUGAUGACAUCAUCACCAACAUUGAGAUGAUUGACGAGGGCUGGUGGAGGGGCGUUUGCAGGAGUGCUUACGGACUUUUCCCAGCCAAUUACGUUGAACUCCGGCAGUAAGCCCCGCCCAUCGGCCAUGCCCACCUCCCUGGAGGAGAGGGGAUCUCCUUUUGCACAUCUUUCCAUUUGUAUCCCUUCAUUUUCCUUCAUAUCUUUGCAAUGCUUUAGGCAUUCUCAGGUCUUUCUCCUCUCUUCCCGCUUUCUCCUUCCCUUUUUUCUUUGCCCCAGGAUAAGCCUGUUCACACUUUCCUCUUCCUUUCAAUCCCUUUCAAUUUAACAUAUAACAGUAGUGUUUUCCGCAAUGACAUAAACAUGCAAAGUAAGUGAUCUACUGAGAUAAAAUCGUACAGUUGGUUUUUACUGAUUGCAUACCAGAAUGUGAAGAAGCUUUGAUCCGAUGGUGUGUUUAAGGUGGGUUUGGUGGAAGAUUUGGUAUGAUCAACCAAAAAAUUAAAACGCUUUACUUGCUUGUAUAGGAUGGGGAAUGCUGUACAUUUUUCUUGGGUGGCUUGGGUGGCUGCCGAAAGUAAUUGUACAAUAAUGCAGUCCAAAAUCAUAAAAUCAAUAUGGUUAUUAACACUUAUGACUUUCGGCACAUUACCACUUUGCGUAUGUAGAUUUGCCGAGUUUAGAGAUGCGACUUGUACAUGGUGUUUCAGCUCUGCCACCUCAUAUAUCUUUGUUCUCAGAGUACAGUAACAGCUGCAGAUUUACAAAGGUUAUUAAAAAAAACGUCAUCAAUACAUUGAUGUAAAAUGACAUUUUUUUCCCAUUAGCUGCGUUACAUAGUCUAAGACACUUUGCAAAUUCUUUCGCGUUAUGUGAAUGUGUAGCUUCUUAUCUCAACGUGCUUAGCAUUGGCAACACUAAUAGAAAAGAAAGAAAUGUAUAACGUGACCAAAAAAAAACUAUAACACUAAAAUAUAUUCUAACUGACUGGCCUGCAAUAAACCUACUGCUACCAGUUAGGGUCAGUUCUUUCCAGUUCUUAUUUUGUUCUGUGAGAAAUGGAAAAAUGUAGAUAAGAUCUCUUUAUGUGCAUCCUGGGCCUGCAGUGUUCUCGUCUUUUGUCCUUGUCGAUGUACUUGCGGUUUUAAUUCCGAGCCACUCUAUUGAUUUCUUCCUGACCAACACAAUGUUGAGUGGCUUAAUGUCAGCGUCUGCUGGAUUGGUUGCACAUUUGGUUUGCAGUUGGAGUCUUUGACUUGGCUGACAUUGUACGCGUGGAUUCCAGUGUUUGGAACAGAAGUGAUGUGUAUAGCUUGAUUUUAUCUGAUGUUAUUUCUGGUGCAUCAGGAUUUUAAUUCUUUAAUGAUGCGUUCGUGGCUAAGUAGCAACAGCUCAUUAUUUGGGUUUGGGGUUUAAUAAAAGUGACCUUCUCAGAUUUUUUUUUCUUGUAUCUUUGCUGGCUUACCUCUCAUUACAUGCCUGUUUUUUGUAUGAAAUUAAAUUUCAGUUAAUAAAACAUAGUGGAAAUAUGG